AUGGGCUGUGGGCCUUCUGUGAUGCUGCGGUUGAUGAGCAAUUUCUGGAAGAGCAGUGGCAAAAAUCUCCCACCAGGACCACGCCUGUUACCACUCAUUGGAAACCUCCAUCUCAUGGAUGUGAAGAGGCCUUACAGAACCAUGUUCAAGUUAUCGAAGCAGUACGGCCCUGUCUACAGCAUCCAAAUGGGAUUCCAGAAAAUGGUUGUUCUGACAGGCUACAAGACUGUAAAGGAGGCUUUGGUGAACCAGGCAGAUGCCUUUGCGGACAGGCCCAGAAUCCCAAUGUCUGAAGAAACUCAACAUGGCUAUGGUAUUGCGUUUUCUAAUGGUGAUAACUGGAAAGUGAUGAGGCGGUUUGCGAUAACCACGUUGAAGGACUACGGAAUGGGCAGGAAGACCAUAGAAGACAGAAUUGUCGAGGAGUGCCGUUUCCUAAUACAGAAGUUUGAAUCUUUUGAAG